AUGCAGCCCCUCGCCGGGAUACUCGCCGCGGUCCUCACCUCCGCCGCUGCCAUGGCAGCUGGCGCCUCGCCUGUUGCCAUCAACGGGACAUGCUCCUUGGUUACUGCCGACGCCUACCCCGGCUACGACUACUGCAUGAUCGUACUCUCCUCCGAGCCGUCCGCCGCCAGUGACGCGCGUGGUCUCGCCGUCCUUGCCGCCAACGCCACCGCGCACAACAUCACGCACACGAUCGGGCUCAUCGACAACCUGCUCGACAGCCUCACCGAAUGCUCGGAGUUGUACGGGCGCCAGAUGGCCGACAAGGUGGCCAGCGCCCUCGGAUACCUCAUGGCCGGACGCGAUCCAUCUGAGGCUGUGAGCAAGUUGAUUGACGCCUACGGUCUGGGCCCUCUCAACUGCUUCAUCCUCCUCUCCGAGAGGUGGGGCUUCUCUAGGGAACCUCUAGCGCAGGAGAACUCGGCCAACAUGGCCUUGGCCCUUUUCGCCAGGGAAAUUGCGAUGCUGAUCCCCAAGUCCUCUAGAUCAUCAAACGGCAGUGAUCAGCAUCUCGCCGGAGCCCGAGCCUGGCAGCCCGCUGCCAUCAUCAACGCGACAUGCUCCACUUUAUUAUACGACAAAUACCCUGGCUACGACUACUGCUUCAGUGUCCUCUCCUCCGACCCGGUGGCGGCCGCCUCUGCCAGGGACACGCGCGAUCUCGCCAUUGUCGCCACCAACGCCACCGCACGCAACAUCACGUCCACGGUCAAGCUCAUCCAAGGCCUACUCUCCGACCUUGCUGAGUGCAAGCUUUCCUACGGUGACCGUAUGGGCAAGACAAUGGACAGCGCUCUCAGCGACCUCAUCGCCGGACGCAGCCCCGUCGGAGCGGCCAUCAAGCUGGCCGAUGCCUCGCGUGAUGCUAUUGAAUGCGACGUGGUGAUGUCUAGGAGGAGGGGCGCUACUAAGAAUGUCCUGUACCAGCAGAACACGGAGAAUUUCGUCUCCGCACACUUUGCCAGCAACGUGGCCAUGUACUCUGGCCAUUGA